AUGAAUGCAUUUAUCCUUCUUCUCUUGUUACAGGCACUUAUGAUUUCUGCCCAACAAUUGAAGUUUAAGCUUCAUACUGUUAGCCUUCCCUCAGCUAGAGCAUGGUUCAAAUGCGCCGAAUCUCCACAAAUGAUCAGCUACGCUAUAGAAUUGGCUAGUCAAACUGCACCAUUAGAUCCAUCAGUUACCGAUUUAACGAAUGAUAUUGAACCAUCAGUAUGUGGAGAAAUCGGUCCAGGAGCAGCGAUUGCUUGUGCGAGAGAAGGCCCAAUUUACACGAGCGGAAUGUGGUGUUUAGCUGUAUUUAACCCAUUUCUCAAUGCCCAAAAGGUUAACGUUGUUGUUUCGUUUACUCAAAGCGUAUUUGUAGAAGGCUCUUAUAGAGUGGACCCUAACCUAAAUAAUACCCCAGUGCCAAAUAAUCUUUCGUUUGUCGAAGUUUCUUACAAAAACAAAAAGAGAAAUUUGGGGCGUAAUAAAACACUUCGCCUCGAUAACUCUUAUUAA